AUGCGUUACUCGGUCCCUCUUAUGGCGGCUCUCGCCGCAUCAGUUACGGCUACUGCGCCAGCUGAGGCAGUGGUAAAGCGGGCUGGGAAGCUCUUUACCCUCGAGACUGCCCCAGGUGAGACAGUCGAGGUCACCGAGGAUGAGAAGUUCCAGAUGAUUGAUGACCAUAUUCACUUUUUUGAUAUCACUGAAUGGAAGGAUCAUAACCCGGCAGUCGCCCGUCUUGCUGCCGUGACACCAUCAUACCCUGAAAAGCUUUCACAUCAAUCCAAUGUCGGAAACAUCGUCAAGAAGAUCAGCACAAAGACCAUGGAGAAGCAAUUGAAGAAGUUUUCUUCAUUCCAUAACCGUUACUUCAACUCUGCAUACGGUGUUGAAGCUGCUCAAUGGCUACACAAGGAAGUCCAGAAGGUCAUCAAGAAGAGCAAGCAUCCUCUGGCCUCUGUCCGUCUCAUCCAACAUCAGGCGUGGUCGCAGCCCUCAAUCGUGGUCUCAAUUCCCGGAAAGGUUCGUCUGAAAACCGUCAUCACUGGAUCUCACCUUGACUCCGUCAUUUCUGACGAUCGUGGUGCUGGACGUGCCCCUGGAGCCGAUGACAAUGGCUCUGCAUCAAUCAUGCUUCUCAACCUUUUGAGUGCCUUUCUUGAGGACCCCCGUAUUGCAAAGGGAGAUCAUCUUAACACUGUCGAGUUCCACUGGUACUCUGCUGAGGAGACAGGCCUUCUUGGAUCCCAGGAUAUCUUCAACAGCUACUCGCGCCUAGGCAUUCAAGUUGAGGCUAUGCUGAACCAAGACAUGGUCGGCUACAAGGGUCGUGACGGAGUUGAGCGUUUCGGCCUUGUCACCGAUUUCACAAACCCUAGCCAGAACGACUUUCUCAAGCUUCUCAUUGAUGAGUAUGCUGAUAUCUCAUACGAGGAGUCUACUUGCGGUUACGCCUGCUCCGACCACGCUUCAGCGCACCGAAAUGGCUUCCCCUCGUCUUUCCUUUUUGAGACUCCAUUCGGAAACCACAAUCCCUACAUCCACACCCCUAACGAUACAAUUGCUCACGUUGACUUUGACCAUGUCAUGGAGCAUGCUAAGGUCACUGCUGGCUUUGUAUACGAAUUGGCUCACCGCGACUUUACUGCAUAA